UAUGGGAUUAUCAUCAAGGAUUGGAAGAUUAGCUAUUUUUAUUUUCUUUGUCGGUUUUGCAAUUCAUUAAUUACAAAAUCCAUAAGUAGCAAUUAAAUAAACUCAUGAGAAAACUAAUCAAUUCCUAUAACUCAUUUCAUAAUUAACAAAAAGUCCAUCAAUAGUAAUAUCUUUAUAAUUUUUUUAGCAAUUUCCAUUAGAUUCAUAUACUUUAGUUGUAUUUAGUUGUGCUUUAUUGAAAUUUUUUGUAGGUAUUGGAGUACUACUUAAAUGGAAUUAUGUAAAAUUAAUUGGAUCUAUAUAUUUACUAUCAGCUAUAUUUGUUGUACAUAAUCCAAUGCUUACACAAUCUUAUAAAGAUUCAAUCAUGUUCGUAGGAGCUCUAGGAGCCUUACAAUUCGCUUGA